CAGAAUAUGAGAACUUCUGGUUUUCCUCUAAGUAAAAUCUGAGUGUGAGAACUAAGAAUUACAGAAGCAGGCAUUACAGGGCACUGGAAGUCACAGUGGAUUUUAGUUUGCACUGCUUUUGGCAGGUGAACUGCAGAGAUGCCCACUGAGAAGGCACGUGGGGAAAUUCCAAUGAUUAUGUAUGAACCGCGCCAUGAGCCCUAUGCACAAGAACCCUCUGCACCAGAGUACUGCAGUCAAGAAGGGGGUUAUGAAUAUCCUGCUCCCCCACCUUACUCCUAUCGGGAAACAGCCACCAUUGAGCAACCAGUUUACAUGGUGUCUCAGCCUCCAAUUAUCGUAGCAGGAAUCUUCUCAAGCAAACCAACAUCCACAAUAUGCCCUUCUUGCCGCCAGCACAUCACCACACAGGUCACCUACAGACUGGGCAAACUGUCCUACCUUCUGUGCACCAGCUUGUGCAUGGUUGGGUGCUGUUUUGGAUGCUGCUUUGUACCUUUCUUUGUGAGGAUCUUCAAGGACGCAGACCACUACUGCCCAUGCUGCCAUUUUCAUAUUUAUAGAUACAAAAGACUAUAG